GGGAGGGGCAGAUACAGAGGAGGGGGGGUUUGUUUCGUUUUCUUGUCAUCUCUCUGCAAAUAACUGAAGGAGGGGUGGAGAAGACAGAAACGAACAAAACGCGAAUUGCCAUCUCGAUUUUGUCUUCUUCUUCCGAAUUCAUGUUUCUCUUUUUUGUUCCAUUGUUUUCCUGAAAAACUUUCUGUCCAUUUCUGUAUGUAUGUAUGUAUGUGUACAUGUGUACGCGCGGCGGGGAUUAUUGGAAUCGCAAUAAAAUCUUUGACAAACCCCAAUUUUAAACCCCUUCUUUUUUCUUCUGAAUUCUCUGCUUCCUCGUGUAACAACAGCGUAAAUGAGAACCCAUCUUUCUCAAACGCCACGGCUGGAAUAGUGAUGAAGAAAAUGAUGGUGAAAACCCUUUGGGAGUCUUCUUUUGUUACUGUUUGACUUUCUGUUUCUUUUCCCUUAGAAAAUAUAAAGGCCAGAAAAGAUGGGUGAGCUUCGGGUGGCGAAUUCAGGCGGUCGUGCUGAGCAGCGUUCGGGUUUCUUUUUGGGGUCGAGGUCUUCUACUCCGCCUGAUCCGGCGUCGUUAAGUGAGGAGUCCUUGUCGGCGGCGGAGGAAGCAGCCCAGCAAGUGCUGAAUUGCGUACACCCAACACUCGAUUCGGAGGAGAAGAGGAGAGACAUCGUUGAUUAUGUUCAGCGGCUCAUCAAAAGUCAUCUUAAUUGUGAGGUUUUCCCCUAUGGGUCAGUGCCCCUAAAGACAUACUUACCUGAUGGAGAUAUUGAUCUGACUGCCCUUAAAGUGCCUAAUGCUGAGGAAUCCUUGCCACAUGAUGUUUUUGCCCUUCUUCAAAGAGAAGAGAAAAGUGAAAAUGCCGAGUACCAAGUGAAGGAUACGCAAUAUAUUGAUGCUGAGGUUAAACUUGUGAAAUGUCUUGUUCGUAACAUUGUAAUAGAUAUAUCAUUCAAUCAGUUAGGUGGACUUUCUACGCUUUGUUUCCUUGAGCAGGUUGAUCGCCUUGUUGGUAGAAAUCAUCUCUUUAAACGCAGCAUUAUCCUGGUUAAAGCUUGGUGCUACUAUGAGAGCCGUAUCCUUGGUGCACACCAUGGUUUAAUUUCGACUUAUGCUCUGGAGACACUUAUUCUUUACAUAUUCCAUCUGUACCAUUCAUCCUUAAGUGGCCCGUUAGCGGUACUCUACAGAUUUCUGGAUUACUACAGCCAAUUUGAUUGGGAGAACUACUGCAUUAGUUUGAAAGGGCCAGCUUGUAAAUCAUCCCUUCCUGAUAUAGUGGUGGAGACGCCAGAAAGUGGAUGGAAUAAUCUGAUGCUUAGCGAAGAAUUUUUGGAAAACUGCAUAGAAAUGUUUUCAGUUUCUUCAAGGACACCUGAAGGAAACCCAAAAGCGUUUCAGGCAAAACAUCUGAAUAUAAUUGACCCACUGAAGGAAAAUAAUAACCUUGGGCGAAGUGUACACAGAGGCAAUUUCUACCGUAUACGUAGUGCUUUCAAGUAUGGGGCUCGCAAGCUUGGUCAAGUUCUUUUACAACCAAGAGAUAAAGUUGCUAACGGGAUAUGUGAUUUUUUCACAAAUACCCUUGCAAGGCAUGGAAAUGACUUCAGAAGUAGCUUUCAGUGUUUGACCCUAGAAUCUGGUGAUGAAGAGUCUUCGACUGCAUCUUUGUCAUCCCCUGUUGAAUUGCUUUCUGAGGAUGACAUGCUUCUGAAAUCAUCUGCCAGUGAUGCUGAUAAGGGUAGUGUUAGGUUCGAACUCAAGAAUGAGACAGACAGAUAUUUAACAAUUGAACUUCCUUCAGAAAUGGCAUCUGGCUAUUCUGCAGAGGGAGUCAUUUCUGGACAUCAUAUUGCAGGGGAAACUUAUGACCUAGUAACAUCUAAUUCUAGUCUGAGGAAUGGGACAUCAGAUUAUGCAUCAAGCAGCGACUACACUUCAUCUGUUUCUUGGAACCAUUGUCAUGAAUCUCUUUACUCAGGAAUAUCUGCAGAAAUUGGACAGUUACGAACUGGGACCUUUCACCAAAGUGGCUUGGCUACUACUGCUUCUCUGAAGUUUGGCAUCAGUUCAUGGUUGAAAUACAUUGAAGAAAACGGGAAAAUAAGUAGUACAUAUCAAUGGUGUAUGGACAACUCACAUGAUGGCUGCCUAACUGGUCUAGGUUCUUCUAUUCCUAAGGCUAAUAUUUUGGACAAUCUAUCCCUUGAGUUUAGGGAAAUGGACUUAACAAGUUUAGGAGGAGAGUCAGAGGCUUUCAAUCCUUUAGCUGAUCUCAGUGGAGAUUAUGACAGCCAUAUUAGGAGUCUUCUAUAUGGUCAGCUAUGUCAUGGGUUUUCUUUAUUUACAUCCGAAGUGUGUCAUACUCCAUCAUUUCCUUCUAGGCUUCUAAAUAAGAAGCCGUGGGAUAUUGUUCGUCAAUCGAUGCCAUUUUGGCGGAGCCAGUUCUCUAAAGUGAGUUCCCGGCCAGUUUCCGUUGAACAAAGUAGGCGUCUGGCUGCUGAUUCUGCAUUUUCGUCUUCUGCUUUUCGUUCUGAAGGCAUGCACAAGACACGAGGGACUGGAACGUACUUUCCACAUGUGAAGGGUUUCUAUCGGGAGAAAUCUUUACAAGGGAGGAGUAGAUAUAAGGCAUUAGGUAAUCCCAAUCAGUUUCAUAGAUAUGGUCGUUGUAAUGGAUUAUAUCCUGCUCUUGGCACGCCGAGUUAUUUUGGAAAUGGCAUUCAUGAAGUUCUGCCUGCAAGAAGCAAAUCCAAAAGCCGAGGUAGAUUGGAUGUACAAUGCCAAUCUCCUCGUUCAGUUGGAGAUGGGAAUCAAGCAAGUGGAGACUUAAAUGGAUCCUGUAGAAUUGAAUUUGGAUCAGUUGGGAAUCUGGGAGAAGAGGUGAUUUCAACUUCUGCUCAUGUUUGUGGCUCGGCUCUGGGCGUCUCGCUGGAAACACAGUGUACAAAAAAAUUAAUGAAGCAAGAAAGGGUUCCAGGGCCAUCAAUCCACCUUAAGAAUGAAGUUGAUUUCCCUCCUCUGUGUCAAUGAAUGCGCUUUAGGAAGGACGGUUAAUUGUACAAACGAGUGAAAAAGGAUAUGUGUUUAGAUGCUCUAACAGACGGUAGGUAAUGACUUGCUUAGUUUGGCAAUGUCCAGACAGUUGGUAUACCCUUUUUGGACUGUCAUGACGCUUACAGAAGGAGAAAAUUGUAAAAUAGGGAGGGAAGAGUGUAUUUUGACUUGAGUUGCUGUACUAUACCCGCAUGCUGUUGAGUUCUAAUGGCUUUCACAUUGGGUAAAUGCCAAUUUCUUGGUAACCGCCAUACUUCAUCUGUUUGCUUGUAUAGCUUGCAGGUGAAUUAGAUGUGGUGAUAGGGUCCC